CACACCGUGUGCCGUGCUGCGUGACCAGCAGGUGCAUGCUGGGUCUGGCUAAAGGCUAAACGCUAAACCACUGUAGGUGGAUGCCCCAGCUGCGACUUCUACGCCCUACUGCCGCCGUCGGUGAGGGGAUUUAGAGCGGACCGCGGAGGACAAGGCUCGCCGCCCUUCGCUCGGAGAGGUUGCGAUGAGGAUGCGGGAUUACGGGCCCCUCUCCCCUCUCGUGCAAGAUUCAGCCUCCAGCUCCUCCUCUGAUGCAUCGUUUGCAUCAGUACUUUGGAGCACUUGUCCGUGCGCUGCUGCACCUCCCCACAGCGCAUUCGCGGACUCCACUUUACCAGGUGGUGACAGUCGGACGCUCGAGAGUGAAAAUGGUCUUCUUUUAACGCGCCCGAACUCGGAAUUAACGUAGAAUGGAGACGCGCCUCGGUCGCUGCCUUUUCAUCAUUUUCUCCGAGUGGAUUUGGCUCCUCAGCCUAACUUCCUUCCUGGGCGGAACAAAAGCGGAGGUGAGGUGCAUUCCCUCGUGCCAGCUGCCGCGGAUCACGGCGUUUCCCCGGGAACUCUCGGCGCUGGAUUUGACUAAUUUUGGCGAGGCACCAGUCGAAGAAUUUAUUGGAUUUAACGGGGGAUCGCCGGGCGCCAAAGCCACCGCCGGCGAGGGCGAAAAUCCCAACGUUGCGGAAUGGACCGCGAGCGAAGAAAGUUCGUCCAAAGUGCAGCCACGGUUGCGGGGAAAUAAAAGAAGUUGCAUCCGGGAGGACGCGUCAAACGGUCAACAGAAACUUUCUCACUCCAAAGUGUUUUCUCGCGCGUCUGCGCCUUUGCCUGAAAACGCGACCGAAAACGGCACCGGCGAUGCCAAUAAUCACGGCUUUUCUGGGGAAGACGGGGCGCAGGUGGAUGUGACGGUAAACGAGAACACAGAUGUGGCCAGCUGGAGACGAAGGCGAAGGCGCGCAGAGACCUGGUCCGGAUUCAGACCGGAGGGCGUGGAUGAGGCUCCGUUCUCGGACCAGGAGGAGUUUCAGCUCGCAAGUUCGACAUUUGCACUCAGCGGGGACACGGCUCAUAACCAGGCAAUGGUGCACUGGUCCGGACAAAACAGUAGCGUGAUCCUCAUGUUGACAAAAUACUACGAUUUCAACUCUGGCAGAGUAACAGAGAGCUCUUUGUGGAGGUCAACUGAUUAUGGGACCACAUAUGAGAAACUUAACGAGAAAGUCGGGCCAAAAACCAUACUGAGCUACUUGUACGUGAGUCCGAACAACAAAAGGAAGAUCAUGUUACUGACUGACCCAGAGGUGGAGAGCAGCCUGCUCAUUAGCCUUGAUGAGGGGGCGUCCUAUCAGAAACACAGCCUGGCCUUCGAUAUCCUCAGCCUGCUUUUUCACCCCGAGCAGGAGGACUGGAUCUUGGCUUACAGCCAUGACCAAAAGCUCUAUGUCUCUGUUGAGUUUGGGAGAAGAUGGCAGCUUGUGCACGACAGCGUCGUCCCCAACAGAUUCUACUGGUCCAGACUGGGUUUUGAUAAAGAGCAAGGAACGAUUCACCUGGAGAUCAGCAUCUCUGAUGGACGGUCACAGUACAUAACUUGUAAACUUCAGAACUGCUCUGAUGGAAACAAGGGCAAGCCUUUCCCUGGAUUUAUCAUCCCUGAUUCUCUGGUGGUUCAGGAUGAAUACGUUUUCAUCCAGGUGCCAAUAGGUGGCCAGUCUGUCCAUUAUGUGUCCUAUAAAAGAAACGCUUUCUACCCGAUGAAGCUUCCUAAGUACACUUUGCCAAAGGACUUGCAGAUAAUCAGCACAGACGAUAACCAGGUGGUGGCAGCGAUUCAGGACUGGCACCAGAAUGACUCCUACAACCUGUACAUGUCUGAGUCCAGAGGGCUAUUCUUCACCCUGAUGCUGGAGAACGUUGUGAGCAGUGGAGGACCUGAGGGCAACAUCAUGAUAGACCUGUAUGAGGUUGCCGGGAUUAAAGGGGUGUUCCUGUCAAAUAAAGUUGUUGAGAACCAAGUGAAAACUUAUAUCACAUACAACAAGGGGAGAGACUGGCAUCUUCUUCAAGCUCCAACGACCGAUCUCCAGGGAAACAAGAUCUACUGUGAACAACCUUUCUGUUCGUUACAUCUGCACCUUCAUGUGUCAGAGAAUCCUUACACCUCAGGAAACAUUGUCAGCAAAGACUCAGCUCCAGGAAUUAUAAUAGCAUCGGGUGUGGUUGGACCUGAGCUGACCAGUGCUAAUGUCAGUAUUUACAUCACAUCUGAUGCCGGAAACACCUGGAGAGAGGUUUUUCAGGAAGAGUACAGUGUGUUUUUCCUGAAUCAAGGAGGAUCUUUAGUGGCCAUCCGUCACACACCUCUGCCGAUUAGACACAUUUGGCUGAGUUUUGAUGAGGGCAGAAACUGGGACAAAUAUAGCUUCACCUCCUCUCCGCUCUAUGUUGAUGGGGUGCUGGGGGAGCCUGGAGAGGACACCCUCAUAAUGACAAUAUUUGGUCAUUUCAGUCAUCGAUCCGAGUGGCAACUUGUCAAAAUUGACUUCCGGUCUAUUUUCCAACAACAAUGCACAUCUGAAGAUUAUGUCACAUGGCAGUUACACAGUGAGGGGGAAGUGUGCAUCAUGGGAAUGAAGAGAAUGUUCCAAAAACUGAAAGCAAAUGUUCGAUGUGUCAAGGCCAGAGAUCAGUAUAUUUCCCAGAUGUCAGACUCUUGUCCGUGCACAGAAGCAGAUUUUGAGUGCGACUAUGGGUUUGAGAGGCAGAUUGAGGGGAGCUGCACUCCGGCUUUCUGGUUCGUUCCUUCAGCAGCAUCGAGAGACUGCAUCACGGGGGAGAGCUUCCUCAACACCACAGGUUAUCGCAAGGCUUUGUCUAACAACUGCACGGAAGGAACUCUGCUGAAGUACAGCCCCAGGCGUCAAAAGUGCCCGAGUCAGGCCCCUAGGGGCCUCCAGCUGUUCACCAGUGAGGGCACACUGGUAGCAACACUGGGGAGGAAUGUCACCUUCUUAGUCUUUCUGGAAGAGGGUCUUGGCUCCACCACAAGUAUAACAGUGGACUUCGGCGACGGGACUGCCAUAUCGUAUGUCAACAUAAGCUCCAUCGAUGACGGGGUCAAGCAUAUCUACAGUAAAGUUGGCAUCUACCAGGUUUCUGCCACAGCAACUAACACUCUGGGCUUUGAAAGGGUGACACUCUACCUACACGUCUCCUGUCAGCUUGAACAGGUCCAGCUGUCGGCUCCUUCAGUGGUUGUGAAGAACAAAGCAGUAAACCUCACCACAGUUUUACGCCCCAGCAGUGUGGGAACGGUCAUUUAUUACUGGUGGUUUGAUAACAAAACAGACCCCGUCGUGACCCUGGAGGGAGCGAUGUCCUUCACUUUCUCCACGGAGGGAAGUCACAGUGUCACUGUUCAGGCUUCGGUUGGCAAUACUGUCCAUCAGGACCAAAUGACUGUGGCAGUUUACGAUUAUUUCCGGUCACAUGUUUUGGCCUUUUCUUCUAAUUUGGACGAGCUGAACCCGGGGGUGUCUGAGUGGAGAGAGGACAUCUGCAGAGUGGUGAAGAGCUCCAUGGUUCAGGUCACAGGAAUCAGUGAGGAUCAGCUCCUGGUCACAGUGCUUCCAGGUUUACCAACCACAGCAGAGCUUUUCAUUGUGCCUGAGAAGAGGUCAAGAGACAGAGACACGGAUGAAAAGUGGGCGCACCUCGAUCAGCAUUCUCAGGUUCUGUUAAGUGCUCUGAACCAAGACCUCAUCCAGUUCACACUCAAACCGGGGGUGCAGGUGAACGUAUAUGCCACACGGCUGUCUCCGGCUCCUCUUGUGGACAGCAGUGACAGUGGCCACAGUGGCACUGCAGUCAUCAUGCUCGUUUCAGUCGUACUGAUGGGCUUGGCUGUCUUUGUAAUAUAUAAAUUUAAAAGGAAGAUCCCGGGCAUCAACACAUACACAGCAGAGCAACCUGACAAAGAACAAGAGGUCAUUCCGACAGUGACCUCCAUAGCCGUCCCAAACCCUGAGGGGGACAAGCUGACCUCACUGGAUCAUGUGGAUGUACAGCUGGACUCAAAAAGUAGAGGCUACCUGCCAUCUCGCACAGACAUCAAGCUCUCUGAUGAAGCGCCCCAUGUGUUUUAAUGUUGAGAGUCUAUGACCGACUCAAAAGCAAUACAUCUUCUUUGGCAGUUACUUCCAGAAAGCUAUGAAACCACGGUCACAAUGAAUGGUCUCGAGUGUUUUGCUACCCAUGCAUGGAUGGACCUUGUCACACUGUGCUGCCUAAUCCCUCUGAGGAGACUGUACAGAUUUAUACUUGCGUCUUGAUAGGGACUCUUUUUGACUGAAAAUACUUGUAUUUUUGCAAGGACAUUGAUCUUUUUAUGUAAAUAAUGUAUAUCCAUAAUGGAAGAAGUAAAAGUUAUUUGUCUCAGCUGGUUACAGCUGCGUCUGCUCAAAUAUGAAAAUAUCAAACAGCAGAACAGAAGUGAUGUGUAUUAAUAUCUCAAAAUAUGCUUCCAUUUCUGUUCUUUGGGCUUGUGUUCGUGAAGUUUUCUAUGUCUAACUAUGUGAAAAUAGCUUAUCUGAGUAGGACAGGGAGGGAAGCAGAUUCAUUAAGCUCUGUACAAUCAGUAAAUCUUAUCACGAGAUUUGUCAUCAAAUGAAAGCUUGCAAUAUCCAGGAGAUUGAGGGCUUCUAGUCCCAGAUCUGUGUAUUCCCUCGAGUCUCUCUCUUUGCCGCUCAAGAUGUUAUAUAUGUCAUAACAAAAGUAGGAAAAGAAGAUUAAAGUGGAUAUACUGGCUAGGUAUAUACAGUAGAUGAGAAACUGAGCAAUCCCUCUUGUUUAGGAGACUUAAAUAAGUCAUUUUAGUGACACUGGGAUAAAUACUAGCAUCAUUAUUGUUAAACCUACAUAAAAACAGGUGAAACACAAAUGUUGUAAUCUAAAUCAUGCAUAUAGAUUAUUCAUGUUGCAGCAAUCUUAUCUUUGAUUGUUUUACAUUCAGUUUGACUGUUAAACAGUGUUAUGACUUUUAAACUUGUGCUUCAUAUUUAUUUAUUGCCAGGAGCAUUUCUUGUACAUUCUGGUUUCUUGAAGAGCAAAAUGUAAAUUUUCGGAAUAAUUCCUACGUUAAGCUGCAGUACAGCAGCUGACACUUAGUGUAAUGCAGGAAAAAUUGCCACAGUUUCACAUUUGUUUUGAUUAGUUAUUAGUUCAAGGUUUAUUUGCUACUAGAUUUACAAACACACAUUUAAAAGACUCCUUGACAUAGUUGCCAAAUAUUUCAGAUGUUUUUGUUGUUUUUCUUUGAACUGAUCUCACUGUGAAGGUUGCGGUGUCCUCUUAAAGGUAAAGUUCAACACUGAAACUGCACCAGGUUGGAAUGGAAAUGUGAUUUUUUUUAAAAUUUAAUUUAAUUUUUUUUAAGGUUGUGUUGAAAAUACGUUUUAUUUAUUCUUGAUUGUUCAUAUUAACCUCUACGAUACCACCAUCUCCAAAUGGCAUUUCCUCCGUUUCCAGUAAAGCAGAGGAACCUGCAGUCUGUUCUGAGUUUGCCCCCAAGGACUCAGCGGACAAAAGGCUGAAGAUUUGUUCAUCUCCUUC